AUGUCGGCCUACAUAGAUUCCAUGAAUGAGCUUGAACAGUUGAACACCAACAAUGUUAAUUCUGUCUGUGACAUUCUCAAGAGCAUGGUUGAACAGGCUGGGGAGAGUAAUUUGAAGGAGCGAAUUGCAACCAAUGGUGAGAACAGCAGGAAUGGUGUUGAUAAAUUUAAAGUUAUGGAAGAAAAUACAGGCCUUACAAUGAUGGACUUGUCUCUUAAUGACAGCAUCACCGUAGAUACAAAUGGUGAUGGGGAAUGUGAGGAGUUGAUUGAUUCCAGUGAUGAGGCAAAUGAUAAAGUUGGAAAUAGAAAUGAACAGGAAGAUAAACUCAAUAACACAUCUGAUUCUUUAGACUGUGAGAUAACUGAAGUGAUCACUAAGAAAAAAGUAAAAAAGUCUACCUCAUAUGAUAAUAAUUCAGCUAAGUCGAGAGAAUUUGCAUAUGAUGAGGUAGUAAAUGCUGUCAGGUCAAAUAUUAAUUUAAGCAACCCAGCAUUCAUAACAACCAGCAAUAAUAGUUAUACGACGGUCAACAACAUCGCUUCCCAAAUGCCACAACAAACAUCAUCAUCACUCUUCUCUCCUCUAACUUAUUUAAAAACAACAAAUUUUAUGCCGACAACCAUUGUAAUUAAACCCACCAAUUCAUUUGUGAAAUACCCCCUUUAUACAAUUCCUCACAUGGCAAACUCCAAACCAGACAUCGAAAAAGUAAUUGAUGCAAAUCCACUGAAAUCAUCCACCCAGAUAUACUCCCCAUCGACAGUAUUAAGCUAUAAUAAUUUUAUUAAAAGUUUAGAGUGUAGACAACCUGCACAAACAUUUUUUGCUCCUGCCCAGAAAGUCAGUCCACAAUACAUGGACAUUUUAAACAGAAUACAAUCCCAGAGAAAACAGCAACAAAGCAUUAGCGAUCAGCUACUCUGCAAGCUGGCCACAGACAAGAAACGGAACGACACCACUCACUAUUUGAAACUUUUAAACCCAAAUGGCCCGAGAAUGAAUGGUAGCCUAGCUGAGUCAAUUAAGGUAAAUACUCCGGUCUGCAACAUCAUUCCUGUGAAUGAGAGCAACUUGACAGGGUUCGAUAAUUCAAAUAAAAUGACCUCCUUUGGCAACAUAACAUUCCGAUGUUGGAUUAAUUUUGGCCAGAUACCACAGUUGAAAUGUGGUUGUGGGUUCAAGACAUUUUCAAACUGCUCUCUUGAGAAUCACAAAAGAUCUGUCACGCUGAGUUCAUCUGAAACGACUCGUUGUUGUUACUGCAUGAAGUUCAGUUCGAGACUUCUAGCAAAGUUCAGCGAGCACAUGACAACGGUGCAUGACGUAGAGUGUAAAUUUCUCAAACCAAUGUCCUCGUUCAUGUGUGACUACUGCCCGUUUGAUGCUAAGGAAUCAAGAAAGCUCUUGUCCCAUCUGAAACAAUGUCAGAAAAAAUUUAACCUUGAUUGUAAUUUGAUGACGUUUUCAGAUCCAUAUGAUUUGCCACUGGUUAGAAGGGAGCCCACCAUUCAUAAUGUGAAGACAUUGAAGAACAUAUCAAUAAGCAAUAACUCUAACAAUCUUAAAUUGCUGCCAACUAAAAAUCCUGGUUUCAUCUCACAACUCAAUCAACAGCGGCAGCAGCAACAACAAGAGCCACAACAACAGCAGCAAGCAAGUAGCUUAUUCUCAGCUAGCAACUUAAAUGUCAAUCAAAUGCCUCCCUUGACACUUGCUCAGAUACAGGAUUUGAUCAAGAAAAAGAAGAUAGCAAUUGCUUCUGCAACUAAUAACUCGAACGUACAUUUCCCCAUUAAAAUAAUUCCACAUAUGAAUUUCAGUGCAGCUGGCAAGAUGAAGUCUGCGCAGGGCUUCCCACUCUCCUUAACUUCAACUACAAACAUUCAAACUCUUCCUUCAUCCUCAACUUCUUCAUUUUCCGCUCCUUCAUCCAACAUCAAUCAAAAGUUAUUUGAUUCAAAACAGAAAACAGUCAAAGAGAUGUUCAAAGAGAUGCAAAUUAACUCUAAAUUAAAUUCUAAUCAAUCAGCUGUGAGAUCUGUUAACUACUCAAAAAAAAUCAACCAACUGACCAAAAACAUUAUGAACAACGUCAAGGUCAGCAACCCUAAAAAGGGCAGCAACAAAUCUAUUGCAUCAACACCUGGUCCAUCUUGUGAGAUAUGCAGUGAGAAAAUUGAAAACCUUGAUUGCUUGCUACUCCACUUCAAUGCCAUACACAAACUCAAAAUCUACGACAUCAAUUUCUUCACGUGGGGCAAACGUUUCGUUUGCAGAAUCUGUUUUGAGGCAUUCUGGACGAAGGCAGGCCUCAACACGCACCAUCACUUUGCCCACAAUGUUGAGAUCAAGUACUGUAAAUUAUGCGACUCCCUCAAGAGCAACAUCAUACAACAUCUCUCCACAGUUCACAACAAGACACUGCUUGACAUGUUCAUAUUAAAGUUCUGCUACAUUUGCUAUUCAAAGUUGGAUAAUUUUGAUACUUUUGCUAGUCACAUGUGUGGCAACCACGGUGAUAUAUUUCCAAGUUUGAAAUUUUUGCAAGGGAUGUUAAGAAUGGUAAAAUUAGACACUCCUGUUACACAGCCGCCUGCUAAAAAAUGUAAACUUUCUGUCUCUCAACUGGCUGACAAUAUCAGCAGAUGUAACAAACAAAAGUAUAAAUGUGAGCCAUGCAAUACCAAAUUUUUUUCCGCUGAAUCUCUCGAUUGUCAUAGAGAAACUAAGCACAGAUAUCCAUGUACGAGAUGCACACAGAAGUUUCCUAGUACGGUACUGGUCAGGUCACACUUCAGUAAAGCUCAUGCCAAUGAUCGAGAUCGCUGUCCGCUCUGUAGGGAGAUGGUGAGGAUAGGAGUUCCCAUGAUUCGACACAUCAGGAGAAUUCAUUUGAAGAGGUGUACUGUGGACAUCCCGAGACUGCCUAAUGACAUCAAGUCAUUCGUGGUCACCAGCAACAACGUCAACUACAAUAACAACUCCAACAACAUAAGCAACAACACUAACAACAUCACCAACAACAAAAAUAAUACCAGCACCACUGCAAGUGGUCUUCAAAAUGUCAAGAAGUCGUCCUCAUCAUCCUCGUCAAUUAUCUGCGACAAAGUUGCAGUCGUCUCGUUGAUUGAUCUUGCUACCAUUGAUAACGAUGACGACGACGAUGUUGUGAAAUGCCCAUGAACUGUCACUCUCAAGAAAACACUGCUUUUAAAUGUUUAUCAUUUAGAUACGUCUGUGUAUAAAUAAUUAUAUAAAUAUAUAUAUAUAUUAAUAUUUAAAUUUGUAUACCUAUAUAAUGCGAUUGUUUCUUGUGCUGUUGUGAAAAAUGUGUGUGUGCGUGCUUUGUACAUUUGAAUAUGUACGUACUAUGCGCAUUUGAGUUUUUAUGGUUGAUAUGUAUUCUUAACAGUAAUCUUCACUUAUACAAAACAACUCUUGCUAUUAUAGUUGAUCAUCCAUCAUUCAUAAUGGAUGUAUUUACAUGGUGUAAUAUGUGUGUGUGUGUGUGUGUGUGUGUGUGAAAAAGAUAGAUGGAAAAAAAAGAAUUUCUAUCUAUAUAUGUAUAUUAUCUAUUGUUAACAAAUUAUUUAUUUUUUUUAUUUAUUAAUUUUAUUUAUUUUUCUUUGACUUGUACUAUUUUUAAAUUUUUUCACUAGGACGGCUUAUUUGGAGUUAUAAUAUUUAUUGUUGGCGAUUAUUUUCAAGUAUUUUUUUAAAUGCUUAAAUUAUUAAAUCAGAGCUAAACGUGGGGAUUGAACUAUAGAAGUAUUUAAGCAGACAUUUCGAGGUUUGCAACUAUAAUGUUACAAUCUGUUUUCCAGUUAUAAUCCUAAUUGGAGGAAUACAAUAGGGCAAUAAGGGUGGAGUUCUGAAGCGUUAUUAAGAAGUUAACUUGUGUGUGUGUGUGUGUGUGUGUGUGUGUGUGUGUGUGUGUGCGAGUUUUGUUUCCACAUAGUUUUGUCAUCGUCGACAAUUUUUAAUGAUAUCUUGUUAAGUUAUGACAAAUUGGAUGGAUUGAUUGGUUAUAACGGUAAACAUGACAAUGAGAGUCUAGUGAAUGUCAUUUUAUCGUUCAUCAAUAUUUCUCUUUACAUUUUGUUAUUUUUUAUUAUCUUCGAUUGAGAAAAGUCGAAAAUUUUUCAAUUUAAAAAAA